AUGCAUCUCCUCCAAGCAACCCUCCUCUUCGCGGCCACCGCUCUAGCAGCAACACCCACAGACCUCCCCUCAGCCUUCGCCUCCAUCGAAGCAGACACCAACGCCCUCAACACCGCAACCCUCUCCUUCUCAGGCGACAUCUGCCCCAUCAUCUCCCUGAACAACAACCUCCUCGCCGACAUCCAAUCCGGCCUCUCCCUCGCACAAUCCAGCUCGGAACUAACAACCGAUCAAAUCAUCGCUAUUGUCGGCCCGACGCAAUCCCUCGCCACAGCAGUGCAGACGGCGAUUAACAGUACCAUUUCCCAAUACGAUGCGUUUGUAUCCGCGGGGUAUGCGAGGGUGGUGUUGCAGGGGUUGAAGCAGCAGCAGAAGUUGUCGGUGCAGUUCUCCGAUGCCGUGGUGGGGGAUUUGCCUGAGGUGUUUAGGGAUGUUGGGAAGAUGAAUUCGGCGCCGAUUGUGGAUGCUUUGGCGAGGGGAGUUGCUGUUUUUGAGAAUGCGCCGGGAAGUGAGGAGGUUCCUGGUUGUGAUGGGUCGUCGGCGACGUCUUCUUCUGAGAUCAUGGCGACGAUAACUUCUGCUGAGAUGGGUUCCUCCUCAACGGAGCCAGCUGCACAGCCAUCUACUUACGAGACCAUGACCGCUGCUCCUUACCCCGACGAAUCUUCCACUCCAUCUCAAAGCGAGAAACCUCAGCCACCGGUCUACGAGUCUGCUGCACCCGUCUAUGAAUCCGCGACCACGUCCGCUCCAUCCCAGACUGCUAUUCCCAACGCCUCGUACGCGGGAGAGAGCAUGAGCAUGGGAUCAUACGCUCCAGCGCAAGCAUCGGGAAGUUAUGCCGCUCCUCCGGGAUACGCACCCCAAGAGCCUUCAGCCACAUACYCGGCUCCGACGCAGUACUACACUGGUGGUGUGAAUGGAAGGGGAGUUGUGGGAGGCGGAGCUUUGGCCAUGGCUGUUGUUGCUGCUAUCUUGUAG